AUGUUUGCUUUUGACGAGAACGGACGACCAUUUAUCAUUGUUCGUGAACAGGCAGAAAAAAAGGAAAAUAGAUUAAAAGGAGUAGAAGCUACAAAAGCACACAUUCUGGCUGCCAAGAGUGUUGCUGAUAUUUUAAAAACAUCACUCGGGCCAAAAGGAAUGGAUAAAAUGAUGGUGUCACAAGAUGGAGACGUUACUGUAUCAAAUGAUGGUGCAACAAUUAUGCAAGACAUGAACGUUGAUCAUCCAAUUGCCAAGUUACUUGUCGAAUUAUCACAAUCACAGGAUUCAGAAAUUGGAGAUGGAACAACUGGUGUUGUUGUAUUUGCUGGUUCAUUAUUAGAACAUUCACUCAAGUUAGUUGAACGAGGAAUUCAUCCAACAAGAAUCGCAACAGGUUAUGAAGAAGCAGCCAAAAUUGCUGUUGAUGAAUUAAAGAAAAUUGCAAUAGAAAAAGAAAAAAUGGAUAGGGACUCCAUUGUUGCUGCGUGUGAAGUAGCUCUUGGUAGUAAAAUUGUUAAUAGAUGUAAGAGACAUUUAGCUGAAGUGUGUGCAGAUGCUGUUUUAUCUGUUUAUGACAAAGAACGUAAUGAUGUUAACAUGGACUUAAUUAAAUUAGUUAGUAAAGCUGGAGGAAGAAUGGAGGAUACUGAGUUAGUUGAUGGAUUGAUGUUAGAAAAAGAUUUCUCUCAUGCACAAAUGCCAAAAGCUGUUAAAGACGCAAAAGUCUGUAUUUUGUCAUGUCCAUUUGAACCACCAAAAACUAAAACAACAACUAAUAUGAAUGUUACUAGUGUUGAAGCAUAUAAUCAAUUAUACCAACAAGAACAAGCAUAUUUCAGAAUGCAGGUAGAAAAAGUAAAAGAAGCAGGAGCUAACGUUGUUCUUUGCCAAUGGGGAUUUGAUGAUGAAGCUAAUCAUUUAUUAUUAUCUAAUGGAAUUAAUGCUGUAAGAUGGGUUGGUGGUGUUGAAUUAGAAUUAUUGGCUAUUGCUACAGGUGCAAGAAUUGUUCCACGUUUUGAAGAAUUAACAAAAGAUAAAUUAGGAAGUUGUAAAUCAAUUAGUGAAAUGAGUUUUGGAACUGUAAAAGAAAAAAUGAUCAAAGUAGAAGGAUGUCCUAAUUCUAAUGCUGUUACUAUUUUUAUUCGUGGAGGUAAUAAAAUGGUGUUGGCUGAAAUUGAAAGAUCUAUUCAUGAUGCCUUGUGUGUUGCUAGAAACUAUUUAAGAGAUAAUAGAGAGGUAUGUGGUGGUGGAGCUUGUGAAAUAAGCAUGUCUCUUGCUGUUGCUGAAGCCUCUAAACAUUGUAAAACUGUUGAACAUCAUGCUAUGUCUGUUUAUGCUGAUGCUUUAUUAGCUGUACCUCAUGCAUUAGCUGAGAACAGUGGAUUAAAUGCUAUUGAGACUGUAGCUGCUGUUAAACAAAUGCAAGUCACAAAUAAAAAUUCACAUUUUGGAAUUGACUGUCUUCAAGUUGGAACCAAUGAUAUGACUGAACAAAAAGUAUUUGAAUCCCUUCAUGCUAAAACACAACAAAUUUUAUUGGCUACUCAAGUAGUGAAAAUGAUUUUGAAAGUUGAUGAUGUUAUUGGAGCUAAUGCACAACAACAAUAA